UGUUAGUUGUUGACAAAAAAAUAAUGUUACUUAUCUUGUUAUCUUCCCGCACUACUAAAAAAACUCAGUUUUCAUCUAACAAUGGUGGAACCUUCGUUCUCUCAACUCCUUGUCUUAUUUAUAAACUUACUCUUUCUCUUCACUACUCUCGGGUCAAGUGCCAAGACCCGAUUCAAGUAUUCGUUAGAAAAGCCUCACCACCCGCUUGACCCACUAACGACACCUGAAAUAAAGAGAGUCCAAACCAUUCUCUCGGGUCAUGAUCCGGGUUUCGGGUCCGGGUCAGCCAUCAUUCACGCCAUGGCUCUCGACGAGCCGGAGAAGCAACGUGUCGUCCGGUGGAAGAAAGGUGAUCGUCUCCCGCCGCGAAGAGCAGAGGUUCUUGCGAUGUCUAACGGCGAGAGUCACGUGCUCACUGUGGAUCUUAAUUCGGGUCGGGUUGUUUCCGAUUUGGUCAGCCCCACUUUUGGGUACCCGAUUCUUACCAUGAAAGACAUCAUCGCAGUCUCACAGGUUCCUUACAAGAGCAUGGAGUUCAAUCGCUCAAUCGAGGGGCGUGGGAUUCCAUUCUCCGGUUUGAUUUGUAUUACACCGUUCGCGGGUUGGUAUGGACCGGACGAAGAAGGACGACGAGUCAUAAAGAUCCAAUGUUUCUCAAAGCAAGACACAGUCAAUUUCUACAUGAGACCUAUUGAAGGACUUUAUUUAACCGUCGAUAUGGAUAAACUAGAGAUCAUCAAGAUUGUAGACAAUGGACCGGUUCCGGUUCCCAAGUCUACCGGUACGGAAUAUAGAUAUGGAUUUCUUAAUGAGACGGUACAUAUGGACCGUGUCAAUCCAAUGUCGAUGGAGCAACCGGACGGUCCAAGUUUUCAGGUUGAGGAUGGAUACUUGGUUAAGUGGGCGAAUUGGAAAUUUCAUAUCAAACCGGACCAACGUGCCGGUAUGAUCAUCUCACAGGCUACAGUUCGUGAUUCCAAGACAGGUGAAGCAAGAAGUGUGAUGUACAAAGGUUUUGCGUCAGAGUUGUUCGUACCGUAUAUGGACCCAGGGACAGGUUGGUACUCCAAAGCGUACAUGGAUGCUGGAGAGUUUGGUUUAGGACCUUCUUCAAUGCCGCUUGUGCCGCUCAACGACUGUCCUCGAAACGCUUACUAUAUUGAUGGUUUCUUCGCUUCUCCUCAAGGCAUUCCAGUCCUUCAACCUAACAUGAUCUGCUUGUUCGAACGCUACGCGGGUGACAUUAGCUGGCGUCACUCUGAGAUUCUUCUCCCUGGUACAGAUAUAAAAGAAUCAAGGGCAAAGGUGACACUGGUGGCUAGAAUGGCGUGUUCAGUUGGGAACUAUGAUUAUAUAUUUGAUUGGGAGUUUCAAAUGGAUGGUUUGAUUCGUGUUACGGUCGCUGCCUCAGGGAUGUUGAUGGUGAAAGGAACGGCUUACCAAAACGUUGAAGACUUGGGUGAGAAAGAGGAGGAUUCUGGACCGUUGAUCUCAGAAAACGUUAUAGGAGUCGUCCACGAUCAUUUCAUAUCGUUUCAUCUAGACAUGGACAUUGACGGGUCAGCCAACAACUCGUUCGUUAAGGUUCAUCUAGAGAAGCAGAGAGUUCCGCCUGGAAAAUCAAGGAGAAAGAGUUAUUUGAAGGUCAAGAAAUAUGUAGCCAAGACUGAGAAAGAUGCUCAGAUCAAAUUGAGCCUGUAUGACCCCUACGAGUUCCAUUUUGUGAACCCUAACCGGCUUUCUCGUUUAGGGAACCCGGCCGGUUACAAGCUCGUACCUGGUGGUAAUGCUGCAAGUUUGCUCGAUCAUGAUGAUCCACCGCAAAUUAGAGGAGCUUUCACAAACAAUCAGAUAUGGGUGACUCGGUAUAACCGAUCAGAGCAAUGGGCCGGAGGGCUUUUGAUGUACCAGAGCCGUGGUGAAGACACACUACAAGUUUGGUCCGACAGAGAUCGUUCCAUUGAGAACAAGGACAUAGUGUUGUGGUAUACACUAGGGUUCCAUCACGUACCGUGCCAAGAAGAUUUUCCAGUUAUGCCAACAAUAGCAUCUAGCUUUGAACUUAAACCGGUCAAUUUCUUCGAAUCAAACCCGGUACUUGGGAUCUCACCUUUCUUCGAGAAAGACUUACCACCAGUCUGUUGACCGGAUCCUUCAUCUUAUUUGACACUGCGCAUUUCAAAUGUCAUGUUUAGACUUUUCCGAUUAUGAUGUUGUGUAUAUUCUUUAAGAAAGGAUUAUUGAUAUAUUUUUAUGCAAUCAAAUAAUCUUGUGUUAUUCAA